AUGAAAGCAACAUAUAUAUCCUUGCUUUCCCUCUGCUCUGCCACAACUUCUCUUCACUACAAUCUUAUUGAGCCUGUAAGAAGAGACGGUAAGAACAACUCCCCACCCAGCAGACAACAAGGGGCCACAUUCAUAACCUUUCACAAAUACAUCACCCAUUUUUCAUUGGUGGGGGUGGGGGGAGACACAGCGGGAAUAAUGGAAUAUAUCUACUAUCCCAAUCCUUUCAACAUUGUGACUGUCAUCACCAGUCCAACCCCUCUAGGUCUUGAGAAACCCUUUGCUAUUCUCAAAAAACUGGAAAGAGGGUGGUUUGGGUAUCCAAGACAGAAGAAUGCUACCAAGAAGCAGGAAUCUUAUUAUGACUUGUGGUUUGUGGGUUAAGAAAGAAAAUCAGUAAUUUAGACCAACGGAAGGAUUCUUAGUGAAAACGAACAUGUCUGUGAUUGAUGUUUAAAAGAACUAGACAAAAAAUAUUAUUGUGUGCAAACUGUAUUAGAAAACAACUGCUUAACAGAUUGGGCAUUCUUUUUUUUUACUCCCAAAAACAUUACCCAUUGUUCCAGUACUUGAUGAUGAAAGAUCAACAGAUGGACAAGUAGGGAACUUUCAUACCUGGAAGGAAAAGGGACUGGGUUGCUAUCAAGAUUAGAGAAAGAAAAGAACUGACAAACAAAAAGCUGGAAAAAUACAGGUAACCAACCUAUAUUUCUAUAUACAGUGGACCUGCAACUUAUACUUACUUUACAUGCAUGAUUGCAACCUUACAUGGGGGGUGGAGAGUGGUGGAAACCUGCCAUUCCCCACUCCCCGUUUAUUUAUUUUCCCCCAUCUGUACACCCGGGCUUUUUCCCCUUGUUUACCAGGCAAUAUUAAAAUGUCAAAUUUAAGAAUUUUAUGGGGGUUUGUUUUGAAAUUUUAGUAGGGUUUUCCAUGCAACUUUUUGCAAACAAAAACCUAAGCUUUGUGUAUUUUUUAAGCAGAGAGCUAUAGAAAUAGGGAGAAUUAUCAAUACAUUUUUAAUUUUUAACUUGGGAAUAUGUAUAUAUCAUCUGAUUGUUAGGUGUCAGUGUUUGAUAAAACAGAUUUACAGAAGAGGGUAAGGCUAACAUAAUACAGAAUGCCCUGCAGUGAUUUUGUUGGGUGUUGCUGCUGUUUUUUAAAAAAGAAAAACUUUGUCAUUAAGUUCAAUAUAUUGGGUGACUAUGGGAUGCUGACUGUGGGUGAUACAAGUUGUAGUUCAACAACAACUGGAAGACAACAAGUUAGUCAGGAGUAUUUCAAAGGCGUGUUCUCUGAAAACAAUGUAGGUAUGCCAUAUGUAGAACUGAAUAAAUACAAAUGAGAACAAAAACAGAAACUUUUUUUAAAAAAACCAAAGCUCCAGUAUUACAUGUCCCCUCAUAUAAACUAGAAAAAACAGAGGCUGGCAACCAAUGAAAUUGUUCCAUUAGCAAAAGGAUUUCCAUUUCCCCUCACUCUUCUCUGCCUGGUCACCCUCAAACCUUUCCUGGGUUUCCCUCAAAUCCUCUGGAGCAGAUUUAGGGAGGGCACAGGGUGGACAUAAAGGGAAAUGAGAGGGAGGGAAUGUUUCAUUCUCCUAAUGGAGUAACUUCAAAGAAUAGCACUCCAAUGAAAAUGUGGCAGAACAAUGAAAUAAAACAAACCCUUUUUUUCAUUUUAGGAUUUAUUUCUGUGUAUUUAUAUAA